CAAAAGAACUUGCUGUCCCCAUCAAAACCUCAAAAGCUGCUAAAAAAUUGCCUUCUCAUAACCCCCUAGAGCUCAGAAAGGGGACUCGCAAGUUUCCAAUUCAAACCCAACCUCUGUAUUUUCCCUUCUCCGCGUACAGAUUCACAAAUGCCUAUAAAGGCGGCAUGAUCUUUGCCUGUUCAAAUUAGAGGCCAUUUUUUGUUCCAUUUCCAUGGCUCUUGUAACCAGAAUCCCUUCUCUCUCUGCAUCUUGUUCUCUUUCAUCGUCAACUUCGAAAACCCAAUCAAGAAAAUUUAAUUAUUUCAGUUUAACGCCAGUUUUUUCCAUUCACUGUUCGUUACAUUCACAAGAAGCUUCGCCUUUUACUGAAAAGCACUCUGUUGAGAGGUACGAAAGGGAUAGCUGGCUGUACAAGAACCAGUUGCAGAAUCCCCCAUCCUCCUCUUGCCCAGUUCCACCUGAUAAGGAAUCUAUCAGGGAGUACGAUUUAGCAUUGCAGCUCCCGGAGCUUAGGAAAUUGCUUGAAGUUUUGAGAGAAAAGAGAGAAAGUGAAAACAGGGAUAAGAGAAGGGGCCCUGGAAAUGUGUUCUUGGUGGGGACAGGGCCUGGGGACCCUGAGCUGCUGACCGUGAAGGCAUUGAGGGUGAUACAGAGCGCUGAUCUACUGUUGUAUGAUAGGUUGGUGUCUAAUGAUGUGUUGAAUUUGGUGGGUCCGAAUGCUAGGCUUCUCUAUGUUGGUAAAACUGCAGGGUACCAUAGCAGAACCCAGGUUGGUUUUAUUGUUUAUUUUGUGCAUCUUUGCAUUUAUCAUUGAGUUAUUUUGGUGAUUUUAAGAAUUGGGUGCAAAAGAACUUUCGAGUUUAGAAGUUGGUUUUUGACCAAGUUUAAAACUUUGAUAAUUUGAGACCAUAUUGUGAUUUUAUUGUUUUCUUGUAACUUUGGUAACUAAAAUUUGGCAUCCUAGGAGAAUUUGGUAUUUUAUAUAUCUGGAAAUUUGUAUUAGAACUUGGAUAAAAAAUUG